AUGGAAAGAACUUAUGAAGGCCGGAUGGUAUGCAAGAAGCCUACCGGAUUGUCAGUCGACUUCGCGUACCUGAAACCUGGGAAGACCAAGAAAGACAAGCGCGGGGAGGACGUUUUUAUCGGAGAAGAGGAACUAAUGCGGUCUCUCGACAAAGCUGACCUCGUGGUAAUCAGCAGCAAGACACAUCGACCGAUGCCUAGCUUACGUCUUCAAGAAGACGUGGCACGUUCAGACGGAGAUCGCCGAGGUGAGUCGGUGUUGGCUAUCAGCCGUUCUGCUUGCGCUUCGAUCGAUUCGGAUGGAGAUAAUGACGAGGGAACAGGAUGGGGCUCGGAAGAAUUGACUUGGGACAGUGAAAUUUUGUUUGGGCUUGAUGACGAUGGUCUACCCGGUCUGAGAUAUCAUUUGACCCAGUCGCCUGAGGACUCGUUGCGCGUGUUCCUGUGCGAUAAGGUUCGGCACCGACACAAUGGUCCUCUCAUGUCUUAUUUCGAGAUUUGGCAUAAAGCCUGGCGUAAUGGUACCCUUCUACCGAAGAUGGCUCGGAGGACGAACAUCCGUGCGCGUGUGCCGGCGAAGGAGUCACUGAACGCGGAAGUGUGUGAAGAGGGAGCCGAGAAGCCCAGCGAAGUACCAACCGACGAUAUCUCACGUCAGAUAAAACGUGCGCGUGCGUCCGAGACGUAG